AUGAUCCCCAGUCCGCUGGUUUACCACUGCUCCUCGCUGCCGUUGCGUUUCCAGUGGCCAGAUCACGAUAUGACACCGCGCGCGCUGUCUCGUGUGUUCAGCGGGGCUUUGAAAAAUCAUAUUUUGGCUCCAAAAUUUUCUUGGAAAAAAUUUGAUAGUUUUUCGUGACCAGAUGGACAGGGUCUACAUACCCACCAAAAAUGAGCUCAAUCGGAGACUUUUAAAUUUUCGACUUUUGAGGGUCCAUAACUUUUUUCACAGACCUUCUCGGCAGUUUUUAAGACCAAAUUUAGAAUCAGGGUAAAAAACUACAUAUAGAAAACUUGGUCUCAUUCCCCUGGUGAAACCGCCGCGCAGCCGCAACGCGUCGAGCCAUUCCAAAUGCGACCAUUUUUCCGAAAAAAGCCCAAUUUUCAGUUGGAAAUCGCGAUUCUUCUCUUUUUCGCCUGUCUUUCCAUCGCCGCCAUGUCAUUCGGCAUCGACUUCACUCGACAACUUUUUGGUGUGGUCGCUAAGUGAGUCCUUAAGUGAUUUUGAGAGUCGAGAGGGCGCAGAGAAGUCAGAAAUCUUAGCAAAUUUUGAGAGAUCUUUCUAAAUUCAUCCCUUUUCAGCUAGAACAAAAGUGUUCGCAUUAUAAAGAUCCCAUUUUUUUUCAGCGUCAUGUACAUCGAACGCGACUACGGACCGAUUUGGCCGUUCAGCGUCAGCGUCGUCUCAUUUUUCGUCGCCGCCGUCUGCAUUUGGUGAUUUUUUUGACGACUAACCAAUGAUAGGUUAUCAUGACGUCAUUAAGGAAAAAAUUCCAGAAAAAUAAAAAAAUUUAGACGUAGUCCAUUCACCGUCAGCUUUCUUUUUCUGAUGAGCUAACAUGAGCAAUAUAAGAAAAAAAGUGCUCGAAAUCUCAUUAUAGUCCAAUCAUCGUUAUCUUACCAGAUCUUAAAGGAUUUUCCAUUUUUGGUCGGGUUUGAUGAGCUAACAUGAGCAAUAGGAGGAAAAUUGCUCGAAAUCUAAAUAUAGUCUGUUCACCGUUAGCUUACCAGACCCUGAUAAUUUGGGCGUCUACAGUGAGCUAACAUGAGCAAUGGAAGAAAAAACUUGCUCGAAGUCUCAUUAUAGUCCAAUCAUCGUUAUCUUACCAGACCUUAAAGGAUUUUCCAUUUUUGGUCGGGUUUGAUGAGCUAACAUGAGCAAUGGGGAAAAAAAUUGCUCCAAAUCUCAUUAUAGUCCAUUCAUCGCUAGCUCAGCGGAUCCUACACAUUUUUUCUUAAUUUACCGUUGCUUUGUGAGCUAACAUGAGCAAUACGGGAAUUUUUUCUAAAAACGAUUAAAAUUUCGGAAUAGUCCAUUGACCGCUGCAAAAAAAUAAAAAAUUUUCAAAACCAAGAAAUAGCACUUUGAAGAAAGAGAGCACAGACAGUCCGAUUGUUUUGAUUCACAGUGAAUGAACUAUUUUGUUAUGAAGUCUCAAAAAUCGCUGAAUUUCGCUUAUUUCGAAUCAAAAAUGGGGCGUGGCUAGAAAACUUGGCAAAAUGUUCGAUGGAACACACUUUCCUUGUUUUUUUUUUCAGUCGAAACAAUUUUUCAGGACCAACAUUGUCGUGCAAGGAUCGUACGAUUUCCUGCUCGACAAGGCCUAUUUUGCGGCCGAAGGAUCGCCGAUCGAAAUGGAGAAAACUUUGCCGAGACAUGAGUAA